AUGAAAAUCAGCAAGAAGAAGGGUCUCAAGCCUGAACAACAAGAAAAGGCUUCCAAUUCAAACAAGGAGGAAGUGAUAGAUUUCAUGGAGCUUUCAAAUAAGGCUCAAGAACAAGAACAACCAUCAAGUAAGGUGGUUGAUUCACCUCUUUGUGACUCUAAAGGUGCAGAUGAUGAAAAUACAAAGCUAGAAGCAAAGACUUUCUCAUGCAACUAUUGCAAGAGAGAGUUUUCUACCUCGCAAGCUUUGGGGGGACACCAAAAUGCGCAUAAACAAGAACGUGCUCUUGCUAAACGUCGCCAAGGUUUUGAUGUUGGUGGUUUUGGACACUUUCCUUACUACCCUUAUCCAAGUUUUUACAACUCAAAUUCUCUUUAUGGAGGAUCUUUCAAUAGGGCACUUGGGGUCCGAAACGAUUCCAUGAUUCACAAGCUUCCUUGGACCCCAAGGUAUGAUCAUUCUUGGUUGAAACAACAAGAUCAUGUGCCCAUGCCGAAUUCGUCAAUCUUUGAUGGGUUUGGAAUUGUGAAAGGUUGUUAUCCAAUUAUAAAGAGUGAUGGAACUCUAAGUUUAAGGCAAGAGAAUGGUAAUGCCAAUGAUGGAACACUUUCUCUUUUUCCAAAUGCUGCUGCCAAUUCAACAAGCCAACUUGUAAACAAUGGUGGUAAUGCCAAUGAUGGAACACUUUCUCUUUUUGCAAAUGCUGCCACCAAUUCAUCAAGCCUACUUGGAAACAGAGAAAUUCUUGCAACCAAAAUUGAUGAUCAUUCCAUGCCAGAAGAAACCUCCAAAGCUGCUUCUGCCAAUCUUGAUUUGUCACUUAAGCUUUAA